GCCUCAGAGGUGUCUGACACCCUCCAGCACAGACAGGUGAUGCUAUACCUCUCUCCAAACUAUAUUUUGGACUUCAAUUUGGAAAGAGUUUGAACUGUCUUUUGCACAAUAACCAUUUUUUUCCCCCAAGGAGAAAGAAAAAAGUACAGGAAGCGCACUUUUUACGCAUGGAAGUUGGAACAAUUAGAUUUACGCAUGGCUGUGUCUCGUCUCUCCGGAAGACGCGUCCGGGCUUGUGAGAGUAAAAAGUGAGGCACAACGAUGCGGCGCACUGAGCUGCUGCUCGGUUACUUUCUGGUGAAAGUUAUGGCGGAGGGCGAGCCGGGUCAGACCGCGGAGGAUGACUUCAUGCUGGUGACCGGGUUUAACGACUCCAAACCGGAUACGGAGGUCACGGAGAGCCCGCACACUGAGGACAAGUGUCGAGGCUACUACGACGUGAUGGGCCAGUGGGAUCCUCCGUUCGUGUGCCGGACAGGUAGCUACCUGUACUGCUGCGGCACCUGUGGCUUCAGGUUCUGCUGCGCGUUUCAGAGCUCCCGGUUGGACCAGACCACCUGUAAGAACUACGACACCCCACCGUGGAUGAUGACAGGCAGACCUCCACCCAAAGUGGACGUAUCUCAGGACGCAGCCAAGGAUAAAACCAACCUCAUUGUGUAUGUCAUAUGUGGGGUCGUGGCCAUAAUGGCACUGAUUGGGAUUUUCACCAAGCUGGGUUUGGAAAAGACGCACCGUCCACACAGAGAGAACAUGUCAAGAGCUCUUGCACACGUUAUCCGCCAUCCUGCCUCAGAACAUACGGACGACAUUGGACUCGGCCAGCACUACGAGAACCUACAGACCAGAGUCACAGUUAACAGUCUCCACAGCAACCACAUGAACAACGCAGCUUCAGCAUCAACUUUGAUAACACAGCUUUACCCGGCCAUGGGACAGAUCACCAGCCCCUAUGAACCACAGAAGCCUCUCAAGGAUCUCAACAAGUACGCCACGCUCAAGGCUGUGGCAGAGAAAGCUAAUGACAGCUUCUACAGCAACCGGCGGCAAGUGAUGGAGAUGACAACCAAGGGCAGCCUUCCCAUGGAAGCUGUGGAUAUGGAGCCAGAGCCGAGUAAUCCUUACAGCCCACCCAGACAGCUGUCUGCAAAGCAGAAUGGACACAAGUACAAAAGCCCCAAGAACCACAGCUCCCAGUCGUUGUGCUACGGCUCCAACACUGCUGCCAGCCCGGGGGGGCUGAGAUCCUGGGAGAGCAAGGACAUGCUGGGGCUACGACAGAGCUACGGCCCAAAGAGACUCUGCAUCAAUAUUGAGAGAGAGCUGCACACCACUCGCUACAUGCCUCCACAACCAUACUUUGUCACCAACAGCAAGACAGAAGUGACAGUAUGAGGAACUGUCAAGCAUCGGGCUGAAACGCAGUCUGCAUUUAAGGAAGGCAGUAAGCGGCUGACUGUGGGUGGUGUUGUUAGAAAUCAGCAGGGGCCGUAGUGCAGUUGUGCAUUUGAUGGGCAGCAUUUAAGACGCCACGUAAACGCUGAAGUGCACUGUAACAGGACUCCGUCUCAAUCACUGUUCCUCAGUGAUGAAUAUGUUGUCAUCAAUAUUCAUAUAAUCCAACUGCUAAAACAAAACACACUAAAAGUUACUCAUAUAUAACUGGCACUGUGUGACACAUACAGUGCUGUUAUCAAUGUAUCAAUUGUUAUCAAUGGACCUUAACAUAUUAGUAUAUUAUAUCAUUUCUAUUAAAUCAACAUUGUCUAAAUGCAACCCUGUGUCCUACAAAAUUAUGUUCCCAUAAACUAAACUGCAUUCUCAAUUACGUUUCUAAGUAUUUUCUCCCAUAUUGCGGUCACAGUUAACAUUAUAAACUGAAAGAAAAUAAAACAAAUAUGCAACAAGACUACUUGGUUAGGUUUAGUAAACCAUCAUUGUUCGGCCCAAAUUCUAUAGCUAUUUUGUUUAUCUAAUUAUUUAUUUGAAAUGGAAGAUGUAGUUCUCAGUAGAUCGCACACGUUAAUCAUGGAGAGCACAGUUACAGUUAAAUGAGGAUAACUGAUGUUAUGAGAGCUCACAGCACAUUUUUAGACUGUUAAACUUGAUUAUCAGUUUCAAAUGGAUGAUAUCCUAAACUCUCAACAAUCAUCUCACUUGAAAACAUUACUUAUAUAUGUAUUGUCAUUCAAAAUGUCUAAAUUACAGUUAUUCAGGUUUGUUUUCAAAAUGCUGUACAUUCAUUUUGGUUGAUUCAUAAGCUAAGAUUAUCAUUCAGUAUUUCUAAAAAAUAGAUGAUUCAGUCUGUGAAAGUGUUACUGAUGACCUAAAUGACUUCAAUUCAUUACAAAAGUUACAUUUUUGUUAAAUGUAAUGUCACUUUUUAAAGUUGUAGAUGUCUUAUUUUGAAGGAAACCGCCAAGUCACCGCCAACAGACAUCCUACUGAUACAUAUAUUUCCAUGAUCACUAGUAGAAGUAGCAGCAGAGUGUUGAACCCGUGUUGUAUUGGUGUAAUAGUGCCUCUCAUCAGUACCAGCAUGUGUGUGGUUAUCCUAGAACAUACUGUAGAUGAAGCCCCAGUAUAUCAGAACGGUAAUUGGUUUCAGUGAUCCAUUAUGCCCAACUACAAAAGUCAUUUUCAGUGUGAAGAUGGAGGCUCAGAGUUUACAUCAUAGUUAAAACUCUCUGUAUAUGAUUUUAUUCUAAAUCUCACAUUUAUUGAAUGUAUCUGGACUGGACAGUCUGAAACUAGUGGUACAGUAGCAGUUGAUGUUCCCAGUGUUGGAGGUUAACAGUUAAUGAACUUCUGUCAGGAUGAAUGUAAAAAUGUUGUGAAGCAAAGUCAAGUUUUUUGCCUGUUACUACUCAAAUAAAUGUCAACUGAAGACAUAUAAACAGUAUUUACCUGCGGUUGUGGUAUUUUAAUUAACUAUUAAACAGAAUAUGUGUUAAUAUUGAUCACCACUUCUUAUCUCAGCUAAAGCACCAUAUCAAGAACAACAUUCAUGCCGCACUUGGCUAAAUGUUUUUUAAUAAAUUAAGUUCUCUGGUGCGAUUGGUCAUUUGUUUCACUGAUUUCCCAGCCAAGUGACAUACUGUAAAAAGAUGCUCACGCCUGCCUGCAAGUCUUACUCAUGCGGUUGACUAUUUCAAGCAGCCGAUGACGAGGCUGCACUCAUACAGUGCAAGUGGGAAGUUUAUAUACAGUCUAUGGUGGGAAGUGGGAACUGCUAGUACAGUAUAAAAAGGUGUAUUCAUGUAUUCUCAAGUCCAAAUCAUAGCUGUUAUUAUUCUCACAGACUUCCAGUCCAACGAAACUGUACACACCAUUUUCCAAAAUAUGUACAUCUAGUGCACCGAGCUGUCCUGUUACAUAGUUAAUCAACUGUUUCAGUGUUAUAUGCAAUCAGUUAUUCACACUAUUCAAACAGAUUCGUAAUCAUGCAAACAAUGUUGUAUAGUGACUACCAUUGAAUGCUUUCGUUUUGUGAAUGCAAAUUGUUUAAUUUGUUUCCUCAAAGAUACUGAAAUCACUGUUAUUAAGCUACCGAACACCCUAUUUACACAUGAUGAUCUACUGUUAUACUGUUAAAGACAUACUGUGUACAAUAUCUGUUUGCUUUGCAAACAUCCAGAAGUGAGAACGAAGCAGCAAUGUUAUAUUUGGGUAAAGUUUAAAGGUCCCAUAUUAUGCACAUUUUCAGGUUCAUAAUUAUAUUUUGUGUUUCUACUAGAACAUGUUUACAUGCUGUAAUGUUAAAAAAAACACU